UUUCAUUAGCUUAACUAGCUUAAGGUGGAUUUUGAGGUCAUAUUCAUCGCUCUUUGCGAUAUUCGCGUGUGAAUGUCCUUUACUAUAGCAGUUUUACCUCCUUGCUGGCUGUAGUCUGGAAAGUAGGUCAUAUUAGCGCGAAGGGCGUCGUGUGAGAGCCUGUAACCCCCCCCGGGCGGCCGAGCAGAGAUGAGUUAGCGAUGAGAAGCCGUAGCUCUGCUGCACAGCCACUUUGUUUUUGUUGACGUCGUCAGCGGCAGCGGCAGCGGCAGCGGUGGAAGGAGUCGACACGGAUGCACGUUUAACAAAUUUGAUACUCCGAGUAAACGACAACAAUGAGGCAACUGCCGCACUUUAUUUUAGUUCUUCUGUUUCCCGUGGCUUUGAGUUUAGAUUUUAUAGAGCCUAGGGCAUCACGUAACGCCCGGUCGCUUCACACGACUGUCUUAUCGGCGAAAAGUCACAUCGAACCCGCAGCGGAUUUUCAGCACAGCGUUAAAAAGAGAAGCACAGACCAAGGAGGAGACACCUGUAAAGCUCUGCAGGGAUAUGACUCCAAAUUAUCCAGCAACACUCACAGCUAUGUCUUUAAUGAUCUUAGUGGAUCAGUGUCUCUGGCUUGGAUUGGAGAUGGAACAGGGGUUCUUCUGGCCCUGACUACAUUUCAGGUGCCUUUGUUCAUGCUAAAAUUUGGCCAGUCCAGACUUUAUAGGAGUGAGGACUAUGGAAAGACAUUUAAGGAUGUCACAUCUCUUAUCAAUAACACCUUUAUCAGUACUUACUUUGGGAUUGCCAUUGGCCCUGAGCAAUCCGGGAAGGUGAUUCUUACAGGAGAUCUGUCUGGAAAUAGUGGCUAUAGAAUUUUCCUCUCCAAAGACUUCGGGAAGAGCUUCACUCAUUCAGACCUUCCUUUCAGCCCACUGAUGCAAAUCAUGUACAAUCCUCAAAAUUCCAGUGUACUUGUGGCCAUCAGCACCAAGUAUGACCUCUGGAUUUCCGAGAACUUUGGUGAGACGUGGAGGAACAUCCAUGACACUGUGUGUGUGGUGAAAUGGGAGAGAGACAAUACCCUCUUCUUCUCCACAAACCGGAAUGGCUCCUGUUAUGACAGAGGUGCACUUACUUUGAGGAAGACAGUAGACAAUGGUGUCACAUUUAAAACAAUCGCUGAGAAGAUUUACUCCUUUGGUAUCGGUGGCCGUUUCUUGUUUGCCUCAGUUAUGAUGGGAACGGGUGUGAUGCGAAUGAUCCAUGUGUCUGUGGAUCAGGGUGAGGAGUGGAACAUGGCACAGCUUCCUCCAGUAGGACAUGAGCAGUUCUACUCAAUAUUGGCAGCUAACGAUGACGUGGUCUUUAUGCAUGUGGAUGAACCAGGCGACACUGGCUUUGGCACCAUCUAUGUGUCAGAUGACAGGGGCAUGGUGUACUCUAAGUCUCUGGAGCGCCACCUGUACACAGCCACAGGGGGUGACAAUGAUUUCACCAAUGUUACUUCACUCAGAGGAGUCUUCAUGACCAGCGUGCUAGCUGAGGAUGGCUCCGUGCAGACUGUGGUGUCAUUUGACCAAGGAGGAGAGUGGGUGCCCCUGAAGAAACCAGAGAACAGCAAGUGUGAUUCCACAGCUAAAGAUAAAGAUGCGUGUAGUCUACAUAUCCAUGCAUCCUACAGUAUCUCCAUGAAGGUGAAUGUGCCAGUGCUGCCUCUGAGUGAGCCCAGUGCUGUGGGACUGAUAAUUGCUCACGGUAGCGUGGGUGAUGCCAUCUCAGUCUUGACUCCAGACGUGUAUGUCUCUGAUGACGGUGGAUACACAUGGCUGCGUGCACUUGAGGGCCCCCAUCACUAUGCCAUCCUGGACUCAGGAGGCCUGCUGGUGGCUGUGGAGCACAAACCCAAUAUGCCCAUCUCUCAGGUCAAGUUUUCCACAGAUGAGGGCCAGUGCUGGCAUGUGUACAACUUCACUAAAGAGCCUCUCUACUUCACUGGGCUUGCCUCGGAGCCAGGGGCGCGCUCCAUGAAUGUCAGCAUCUGGGGCUACAGAGAAGAUCUGUUCACACAGUACUGGGUCUCCGUCACUAUCGACUUCAGAGAGCUGCUUACUCGUGACUGUGGUGAUGAAGACUAUGUGCCGUGGCUGGCACAUUCAGAUGACAUCAGUGACCCUAACGAUGGCUGCAUGCUUGGUUAUAAGGAGCACUUUCUACGACUGAAGAAGGACUCGGUGUGCUGGAAUGGGCGAGAUUACAUUGUCAGCAAGCAGCCCACACCAUGCCCCUGCACGCUGGAUGACUUCCUGUGUGACUUUGGAUACUACCGAAAGGAAAACAGCUCAGAGUGUGUGGAACAGGCUGAGCUCAGAGGCCAUGAUCUAGAGAUCUGCAUUCAUGGCAAGAAAGAACACCUACAGACCAGUGGGUAUCGUAAGAUUCCAGGAGAUAAGUGUGAAGGAGGCAAAGAACCUGAAAGAAAAGUCAUUGAUGUGAGAUCAAAAUGUGUUAGCAAUCUACUGGAACCACAGCUGCAGAAGCAGGAUGAGAUGAAACACUCACACUCUGCCCCUGUUAUUGUGACAGUCGUAGCCAUCCUACUCAUCAGCUGUAUAGCUGGUGUUCUUUUUGUGAAGAAGUACAUCUGUGGAGGAAGGUUCCUGGUGCAUAGGUACUCAGUUCUGCAGCACAAUGCAGAGGCUAAUGGCAUAGAAGGAGUAGACGAAGCUCUGGAUACAGACGUGGCUGGACAUGCCAAGAUCGGCUUCCAUGAUGAUUCAGAUGAGGACCUCCUGGAAUAACUGUGAUGAUUCAGCACCAGCAGGAACAGGGGAGAUCUCUAUCUCCUUUUCCCUCAGGCAUCUUUGCUGCAGUUUAUACUCCUGCUAGAAAGCACAACCCAGCCCCCAGGCUCUGCAGUCCUUCAGAAAUACUGCUGUAGUUCUUAAUUCUCCCGUGGAGUGAAAUGCAGUUAUAAAGGUAUCUCAUGAAUGUAGAUAUAGAUAGUAACUUGAUGAACCAGAAUAAUGCAGGGUGGCAGGCCAGUGUUUAAAUGGCUACAGCUUAGAGGAUGUCAAUUUUUUCUUGCCUGGGGAGCUUAGAUCUUAUUGGUUUAAUUGGAGAAUACUUUGUUGGAUGAAAUUAGCAGUGGGUUACUAUUACGGCACUUACUCUUAUACAGAAUCCCCCUCUUUUAGAAAUGUGCACAGUUCAAAAUCCCAUUAUGACUGGUUAUUAGCAUAUGAAGCUAGCAUAGGAAGACCAAUGAAUCAUAUCACUGCAAUAUUAGAUGGACAAAUUAACUGUGGUUCUGUGACAUUUUAUAUUUUUGACUACCCUAUUGCCACACCCCUCUCCAUUCUUGUUAAAUAUGAUAAUCAGAAAAUACGCAGCCUGAAGUUUUAUGGCCUUUUUUUUUUUGCUUUUUUUGUGAUUGGAGAAUCUUGUUAAAGCAGCAAUACAAAGUGUAGAUACAGUGCAUCUGCAGAUAUAGGCACCCACAUAAACUAUCCCAUUUGUUUCUUAAAAAUGACAAAAAGAAUAUUUAAUUUACCUGAAACUAUGCCUCUGUGUUAGAAUAAUAGACAGUUUAUGUCGCUGCAUAGUUUGUGAACUACCUUUGCAUAUAAAGUUAAUUUAUUCUACAGAGUGGAACCAACAGAAAUAGGAAAGGAUAUGUAAAGAAAAGUAAAGCUGUUCUUGUAUCUAUGAGUAUCUAUAUCCAGAGAAAUUUUACUCCAAUAAUUUUAUAGAAGGCACAGUGAUUUUCGUGAAGUUUUUGAUGGUCAGCAGUUUUUGCACUGUGAUACAUGAGGCAAGUAUGUGAGGUUCACUGCUGCCUUUGGAAAAGUUCUGUUGGAAAUAUUGCAGUUACGAGCACCAGCAUAAGUUAUGAGCCCAUACAUGUAAUUGUAUGUGAGGAAUUAGUAAAUGAUAAAGAUCUUAGCAGCGUUAAUGUGCUGGAAACUCGUAAUUACAGUAUUCCAGUAUUGCUUGAAGUACACAAAUAAUAUGUGAGUUUUGAGUUAGACUGUUCAGGCUAAAAUGUUAAAAAUGUUUUAACUUAAAACUACAAUUCCAGCAUGAAAUGAGCUUAACUUGAAUGUGUGAGAUCAGUGUUUGUAGAUAUGCCCGUGUGUUUAACUGAAGUUGAGAAAAGAAACCCAUGCAGUUUGCAAUUUCUGUGUUUGACUAUUCAAAUGCAAUAGAACACUUUACCUCUUUUUA